GCCGGCUGACUGACAGCUCGCCGCGGAGCCUCGGAAGGACCCGGCUGCAAGCGCUCGGCGCAGUCGUCGCAGCCGCCGACCGGACGGUGCCCGCCUGCAGCCCGGUCCUCUGCCUGCUGGCCGCCCGCUACGAUGCCCGGAGGCCACUGAGCUGCUCAGAGGGCUGCCGUGGUGGCCCGCAGCUCCCAGGCCGCCUGCAUGUGCGUGGCAGGCUCCUGCUGACACACCUGGAGGCCACCUUGGGUUCCACCAGCCUUGUCCUCAGCAAGCCGCCCCGGCCAUGGAGGCCCCCGAGGUCCCCGUGGGCUCGCUGGUUGACUUUGGGACGGAGCCGCCCAGCGCCCCUCCCCUGGAGGCAGCGCCCUCCACUCUGCAGGACGGGGACGGCUCCGAGAGCGAGGCCACCGAGUCCGCGGACAGCGAGAACGACGUGGGCGAGUCGCCCUCACACCCGUCCUGGGACCAGGACCGCCGCUCCUCCUCCAACGAGUCCUUCUCCUCCGGCCAGAGCGCCGAGUCGGCCCAGGACGAGGACGCCCUGGCUCUGCGGGAGUUCAUGCGUGGCUACGUGGAGAAGGUCUUCUCAGGAGGGGAGGACUUGGACCAGGAGGAGAAGGCCAAGUUUGGGGAGUACUGCAGCAGCCAGGAUGGGAAAGGCCGAGAGUGGUUUGCUCGAUACGUGAGCGCCCAGCGCUGCAACUCCAAGUGCGUGUCGGAGCCGACCUUCUACCGGCUGGUGCAGUCCUUCGCCGUGGUGCUGUUCGAGUGUCAUCAGAUGGAUGACUUCGGACCUGCCAAGAACCUCAUGACCAUGUGCUUCACCUACUACCACCUGGGCAAGCCGCACCAGCUGCCCUCCGAGCCCAGGGAGAAGGCCGCGGGCAGCAUCGACUCCUACCUGAAGUCGGCCAACAGCUGGCUGGCAGAGAAGAAGGACAUUGCCGAGCGGCUGCUGAAGAACACGGAGAACGUGAAGGGCUUCUUUGGGGGGCUGGAGACCAAGCUGAAGGGACCCCUGGUCAGGAAGAAUGAGUGAGUGUCCUGCGUCGAGGCCUCGGCGCUGCCCUCAGCCUCUCGUCCUCCUGCAGUGACCGUGUUCAGCCCCGAGGACGAGCAGAAGGGGGAGAAGAUCUACCUGUACACACACCUGAAGCAGCAGCCCAUCUGGCACACGCUGAGGUUCUGGAACGCAGCCUUUUUUGACGCCGUCCACUGUGAGCGGAGAAAGCGCUCUCCCACCACCAGAGGGGAUGCUGGACAGCAGGAGAAGAGGGAGAGGUGGUGCCACAUGACGCAGGAGGAGCGGGACGACAGCCUGCGGUUCCACGAGAACAUCACCUUCGGGCAGCUGGGCACCUUCACCCACAACAUGCUGGCCUUCGGGCUGAGCAAGACGCUGUGCCGCGAGUUCCUGAAGAAGCAGGCUGUGAUCGGCCACCUGGACGAGGAGCAAUAUAAGCUGCUCAGUGACCACAUUGAGCAGAUGGCCACUGAAUAGGAGACGGAGGGCCUGUGCUACUGUCCAGGGCAGCCACUGGCUGUCCCCACCUCCAACCCUGCAUGACACCAGCGGCACCCGGGGCUGCGCCGCGCAGCCCUGGAACUAGCGGUUAGAAGAACCCGGCUGCCGUCCUCCCCUCCCUGCUGCCUGCGUCGGCCCCAUCCAUGUGCCAGAGUGUCCCUUGGGUCACAUGGCUACAACGAGGGACCUCUGCACCCUCAGUGCUAGGCUGGGAGUGGAGAGGGCGAAGGAGCCGCCUCCGCACCCUGCUGAGGGCCAGAGGGGCAGUCUGGGCUCGGAGGUGGACGAGUGUGUGGCACUGCAGGGCCGCGAGCGAAGGCUGGGCACCAUGGCUGUGGGACAGUCCUGGAGGCCACCAGGGCAGGAUGGCCGGCUUCCCUGUGCAGUGGACUCUGCUCGCUCUCUGUCCCCUCUAUGAUGGGAACAGGAGUCACAGGAACCAAGAGGACAGACACGCCCUCUUUGAGAGAAGGAGAAAGAGACGCUCGGGUAGGGGACACUCCUGCCAUCCCAGGUCACCCAGGGGUCUCAGCCUCCCAAAUGGAGGGCCGCUGAGCUUCUAGAACUGAGGACGUCCCCAGUGCCCAGGAGCCACGCCGUGGUCUGUCCCGUGAGAGGAGCUUGGGCAAGAGGAGCCUCGCAGCAGCUGGGCAGUGGCGUCCUUCCCGGAGGGACGGCCCCGCGCUCCUGUCAUCGAAGGCAGGGACAUUGAAGACUCGGGUCGUUGAAGCAGCUCUAGCGAGGCUGCGGCGGUGGGCAGCGUGGACCCUCAGCUCCGAGCUCUGAGCGCAGGCCUCCACCCUACAGCCUCCUCUGGGAGCCGCGGGGACCUCUGCAGCCCAGCCCGGGCCUCCGCGUGGCUCUCCCUCCUGCCCUUCGACGCCCUUCAGCCACAGCCAGGACCUGGGCUGCCUCUGCAUGUGUCAGGCCACCUGUGGGGACGGGGUGCAAGCCCCAGCGCCCGGCGUGCUGCCCCAGGCCUGCUGUCCCCCGUGUGGACAGUAGCCGGGCUCCCUCUGCCUCUGGCCGCUGCUGUUAUGGCCACUGACCUUGACGCCAGCCGUGGGCUCCUCCUGGGGCCCCUCUUCCCUCGUCCCCCUCAGUGCACAGACUGAGCCACGGGCUCCCCCCAAGCACCACCGGCCCAGCCUGAUGGUCACCCUGAUGGUCACCCUGAUGGUCACCCUGAUGGUCACCCCUUAGUGCCCAGGAGCCUCGGUCACCUGCCCUCACCAAGCUGCCCUGGAGGGGCCGGCCCCGCCAGGCCCCCAGGGUGACGUGGAGGUCUCUCCUGGGUGUCACCAGUGUCACUGAACUGUGUGGGCUUCGCGGCGUCCACGACACCCACCUGUGUGU